UUAGAUGAAGGGUGCGUCUUCGUUCAAGAAUAAAUCAAUUUAGGAUAAAAUUCAUGAGCUUUAUUAGGAAUUUUUGGCGGAAAUAUAAGUUUAUCAUACAAAACUUUGUACACAAACUAACUAAACCAGUCAAUAUUGUGUGGAAAACUCGAUUCAAUAUUUUAAUGAUGUCAUUUUGCUGAGUUGGCUUUCGAAUAGCGACUAGCGCCGUCAGUCUGCCGUAACGUGGCGGCGCUGCGCUCGUGUGCCUCGUCGUGUGUGCCUGCAGCAGGAGUGGUCGAAGAACUGUCAUUGUUCAUGUAGUUUUCUGUGAUAAGAAUUACUGUGAAAUUAUAGUUAAGCGAACUUAAUUUAAUCAUACAAUAACCAUGUCUACGUCGGGUGAAUUCGGUAAUCCCUUGCGCAAGUUUAAGCUCGUAUUCCUGGGCGAACAGAGCGUGGGAAAAACGUCGCUCAUCACUAGGUUCAUGUACGAUAGUUUUGACAAUACUUACCAGGCAACUAUCGGUAUAGACUUCCUCUCGAAGACAAUGUAUCUGGAGGACCGUACAGUGAGACUGCAGCUGUGGGACACGGCGGGACAGGAGCGGUUCCGCUCACUCAUACCUUCCUACAUCAGGGACUCCACCGUUGCAGUAGUUGUCUACGACAUCACCAACGCAAACUCAUUUCACCAGACAUCGAAGUGGAUCGAUGACGUGCGCACGGAGCGCGGCUCUGACGUCAUCAUCAUGCUGGUGGGCAACAAGACGGACCUGUCGGACAAGCGACAGGUCUCCACCGAGGACGGCGACCGCAAGGCCAAGGAGCUCAACGUUAUGUUCAUAGAGACCAGUGCCAAGGCUGGCUAUAAUGUUAAACAGUUAUUCCGACGGGUAGCAGCCGCACUGCCCGGCAUGGAUUCAGCGGAGAGCAAGCCUCCUGAAGACAUGCACGAGGUGAUCCUGCGACAGGCGCCCGGCGACAGCAAGGAGCCCGACAGCGGCUGCGCGUGUUAAUGGCUGUAGCAGCGCUCGCGGCGCUCCCACCCGCUGGCUCGGCGUCACCCGGUCGGUAAUAGCAUAGCUUAGCUAACCAUUACAAUCGCUAAUUGGUUCUGAUAAUCGGAAAUACUCAAUAUGAUCGAUACGAUGCGAACAACAUAUCUUAUGAAGACAACUACAAAUAGGGAUGAUGACAGUUUUUUAAAUAGUAUAUAAAUUAUUAGUUAGUUACCAUCCUACCGGCAAAGACGUACCGCCAAGCGAGUUAGUGUUCCGUUACGAUGUAACGUGGAAACCCAAAGAGGUGUGGCUUUUCAUCCUCCUAACAAUUUAGCCCGCUUCCAUCUUAGAUUGCAUCAUCACUUAACAUCAGAUGAGAUUGUAGUGAAGGGUAAAUAAUAAAGAAAGACAUUUUGUAGAAGUAACAAGGUAUCGUUACUUUCGAGCUACGGGGAUUAAAAAGGUAAUAUUUGCGGCACAGAUCGCUCAAAAACGCCAUUUAUUAGAUGGCACGAAUGACUGACGCCAUUGAUCAUGGUGUUAGAUUUGUAGGGCGGUCAAACACAAUUACAAACAUCUUUGUUAUUUUUGCGUUUAUGUUUAUACCUGGAAUAAUGAAAAAUGUCACAUUGCACGUAAGGUAGCUACAAUAAAUGAUUUUUCAAUUCAUUUUUGAUAAUUUUGAAAAUUGAAAAAUCUUAUUUAUUUUAUAAACAUCAUUAUUUUAGAAACAUUUUAGGAACAACAUUAUUUUUUAUGUAUUAAUUAUUUAAUAUUGACCUUAUUUACCCGAAUGUCUUAUAAAAAUCAGUAUAUUCAAACCUAGUCAUCAUCCCCAUUGUUGACCAAGUAGCACCGAAUUGGAAAUAUCGCUCUCUCUGUCGUUGCGAUAGGACAAAAGAGAGCGACAGUUCCGGUUCGACUGCUCAUAUGUUAUUUUGUCUUCACGAGAUAUGGCCUGUGUUGCACGUUAGGCCACGUGUUUUUAUGAUUCAUAUGCAAUUAUGUAAUUAGACUUUGUAGAAUUUCAAAUAUGCCACUGGUUUACAUCGGUCCAUAGUAAGAAAUUACACCAAUACAAUAUUAAGCCGAUGGCAUACAAUGUGGUAUCCAUUUUCAAGCUGGUAAACCAUCUGAUUGAACGAAAAAUUGUUUAAAAAAGUCGUCUCAGUGAUUCAUAUAAAUUUUAUUAUUCUAUUUUUUAACUGGUGGUGAUUGCAUGGUUAGCUGAACUGUGCUAGAGAUAUACAUUACCGGAUGACACUUCUAGAACUGCCUUAUCUCUAUAAAUGAUAUAGCCUUACCACAAUUAUCUGCAAUAUUGGUUACUUUCAGCUUUACAUGUUUAAAAAUGCAUUGUCAAUCUGUCUUUUUUUAUUCAUUAAAUAUUACGUAUUUUUAUUUCAUUAAAUAUUACGAUUUUCUCAACAAAUAUAAUGUAAACAAAAUGUUUCUUGCUCAAAGUAACCGAUUUUGUUGUACUUUUCAUGUCACUGUUGCUCUGAAUGAAUGAUUAAUGUGUUUCUGCGGCAGCUCUUAAGGUUUGUAGACUUCUCAUAUAGUAUUAUAAUUGAUCUCUCUUACGAUCUCGCAAAUCUCGCUCAGAUUAUGCUACUUCAAUGUUGGUCAACCUUUCCAGCUGAGUUAAAAGUUUUUGUUAAUAUUAAAGGGCAAAGUGCAUGAAUGAAAACUCUUCCGUGUAGGGGUAGUCAGGGAAGGUACGAUAACAGAGAAAAGAGAAGAUGGCGACAGACACAUUGAUUAUGCAUUCGUUGCAUACGUGUCGCUCCCCUGUCGUCUUACACCGCACCCCUUUACCUUAUGGACGAGGAGUGAAGCCCUUUGUUUAUUUUUCGAUUAAUGCGAUGGUAAUCUAAGAAGUUUGAAUUUCAGACCAAAUAGAUUGCACUCUACCCCGAAUAGAAAAAGAUAAUUUUAUUAAAUGCGAGUCUUCGUGUAACUUUCCCUGAUUGUGAACUGAUCCCUAACCCAGUUAUUAAUAUCCAUAAUCAAAGUUUUAUUUGUUUAAAGUUUCUAUGAUCCGAUACUAAUGGAUAAUAGUAUAUACAGCCUAAGUUAUCAAGGAGAGUUUCACGAAUGUUAAUGUCAGUUUCUUACUAGACAACAGUUGUAUAAUGAUAAGAUGUGUUACUUUAUCAAUUGAUAUACUAUUAAUCAUCCAUUCAGAGCGAUCGUUCGGUCUGGCAUAACAUAACUGUGCUUUUGUGUGUUAGCAUUUAAAGUGAUAUUAGAUUUUAAUGUACAUUCAGCAGUUGAAUUGGCACGGUUUGCACAAUCGCUGCCUUUGACUGACCGCACAUCGAGCGUGUCCUGCGCUUAUAUAGCAUAUAGUUCACCCGACGUAGUCUUGUAUAAAAGCUGUGAGCAAUGCUUGGCAUUAGUCUAUCAAUGCUAAACACUCUCAUGGCAAAGAAAAUCGGCAAUUUCAAGGCCAACGCGCUCUUAUAAAAACAUUAUGGUUUACAUUACAGAAUUAUUGUAGUGUAGGACAAUUUACGAUUUAUAAACAAAAAAGUUCUUGGCUAGUGUCCACAAGUCUCUUGAAUGUCUGCACUCUUGGUUCAAUAAUCUCUGUAUUGGCAGAGAGUUUGAGAUUGAGAUCUAAUUUAAUAUCUAAAUAGAGGGACAAAAAAUAUUAAUUGUGUGAUUAAAUUUACCCAAGACGACCAAUUAAAUUAAGUCUAUAAACUUCAAGGGUGUAAAUUCAGCUAAGAUGGAAUGUAAUGGUCUAAAACUCAAUUUAACCUCUAUAAUAAUAGGUUGUAGAAAUUUAGAGAGUUAGCUUUAAUUCCAGCUAAGUUGGGUGAUCUAUAUAGUUUAUUGGUCCCUGAAAAGAUAAAAUAUUCAGGUAACAAUGAAGGUAAGCAUAUAGAGUUAAUGCAACAUGUCGGAGCUGCAAUGUUGUUAACACGAAAGCACGAAUACACUUUGGGAUGUCUUUUUGCUUAUGUGUUGUGGCGAACGUGAAUUCGUUGACUUGUGUACAACUUUAAUGAAAUCCUUAGGACUGUCAAGAUUAUUUUGAAUAUUAAGUUUUCCUUCCAAUAUACUAUUCUUGUUAAAUCAAAAUGCCAAAGCAAAUGUAACACACAUUUGGUUUUUUAAUUACAACACAAAUUUUGAAAAAUUCUGAAGGAAAUAAACUUAAUGUUAAAUAAAGUUCUACAUGAAAUUUUAAGGAAAGUAUUCUAUUUAGUAAAGAAUAGAAGCUACAUAAUUUUCUUUCCUUUCCUCUUAUUAUACAAGAAUUGUGGCUUAUUAAAAAGUGCCAUUAAUGUCUAAAUAGCUCAACUGUUUUGGUCCAUUGGUCAAAGCGAGUUUUAAAACUCGCCCUGACCAAUUUCUUACAUUACAUAAUCUCCCCACUUGAUUGGAGGGAACGAAUUACUUGGACUUUGAAAACAUGGCUUAAAUUUAUAUGUCUUUAAAUUAUUGUAGACAGUAUUUUCGGCAGGAGUCUUUAAAUUACCUACAGUAGAAAUUGUAAUCUUUAACUAUUCUUUUGGUUUUACUCGUUUAACGAAUGUUCCUUUUGCGACAUAGUAAAGCAUAAAUAGUGAGAGGGUGUCACACGAAUUCGAGUAUGCAAGUGUGAAUGCGCCAAGCGUUUAGAAUUAGCGAUAUGUGGAGCUGCUCUAAAGGUCAUCAUUGACUUCCUUCUAACCUCUCCACUCUCCAGUAUGACUUGCCAGCCUUGUCUGACAUCAGCACAUCUAAAUGUCGUCUUUUAGAGGAUGAUUAUACUGGCUUAGUGUCUAUACCAAGAUACCAAUCUGUGCUAGAGUUGUAGAAAGGAAGUCAGUGAUCACCUUAAAAGUGUAUAUAGCGAACGACCGCCGUCGCCUCGUGGUUUUCUAUUGUAUUAUGUAUUAUUUUUAUAUAAAUAUAUUGGUAGAAAUAGGUUUUCCGCUCUUAUUUUGAAAUGAGAAAUAUUUUACAAAGGAGAAAAUUCUGGACACUUCAGUAGGCUUUCACUCACUUUCACUUUAAUUGAGUUGCUAAUAUUUUUAAAUUUAAAUUGAAAAACAAUUGUAUAAUGUCUCUUAGAAUUUGAUAUCAGGUUUUAUAGAAUAUCAAAACGGUCUAUUGACGUCAACUAUGAAAAUUAUCUCUUGUGAAAACAAAAGUUAGUAACAUAAUUGAACAUCGCUCAGAAAUAAAUUACAAACUUCUGAGUCCAUGUCAAUAAAAAGUUACAAUGAUUUGAUUUAACUCGAAGAUGCUUUUUAAAACACUUUGUGACAUACCAAGCGUUUUAACAAGCUUAAUUGAAUAUUAUGUGACGUCACUAACAAUUAGUAUUUUUUUACUGGUUUAGGUUCUAGGCUUUUUUAGUUUGUUUUGUUUCAUCAUUGUAGUUCGCGUUAAAAGCUCAGUUAUAUUAUGUACUUAAGUAGGUACAAUGUGUUAUAAUUGGCUCAAUGUAAUGUAUCUUAAUAUCAUCUUAUGAGAGAGGUGACGCGGUCUAUGUACAUUAGUAUUAUUUAUUUACUUUAGUGCUUAAGAAAAUCUUAUGAUUCUUUAUAAUAUUAUAAUAUCUUUUUUUUAUUAGAUAGUUUUAUAUAUAAACUAUUAAUCAGGUUUAUGUAUAAAUUGACAUUUUUACAGUAAACUUUGUAAUAAUCGAAAAUUUCCAUUCCAGCUUUUAUAUUUAUAAUAAUAUGUAAUUAACAAUAAAGUAAUCAGCAUAAUGACAUAGGAGCAAUAAUAUUUUAUUCAUUAGUUGUUGCCUUGCAUAUCCAAAUAUAUUUCUUACAUUUUAUAAAAUAAUAUGUUGUUUAAGGUUUGUAAUUUUUAAGUGAGAUUUUAUAUAUUAUAAUUUUCGAGAUUUGUUUUUACUUAUGAUUAGAUUUACCAAUUAUCACAAUGUUGAAAGUUCAAUGAUGCACCUGUAUAAAAUGUCUGUAUACUUUAUCGAUCUGAAUUUAAGCAAAUUCCAUCUUAACUGCUUCAAAACGUCCACAGAUCAAAAAUAAUAGGUAUAAUGAUGUACUUGCAAAAAAUAUAUACAAUCUGUCGACUGUCAAUACCGGAAUCAAUCUUAAAUAUCGGUGCAGUGUUGACCGUUCAAAAAAAUUCUUAUGUCAAAAUUAUACUAUAUAAUUGACGCAAAUUUUUGUAUUCUAAACUUUAUAUUUGUGUACAAAAAUGGUGUCAAUUCUUUUGCUGCUCUUGUGUUGACUUGAAGUCGAGUGGAGUCAAGCUUGUACCUUAGAGUGAUAGUUGUAUAGACAUUGUGUCUGCGACUUGUUUGUAAAUACCCGUAUCUCACGCUGAUAUUUUGAAUAAAACUUAAAACACUAA